AUGGUGGACGCCUCAAUGAUGCCACAAAUGGGCUGUUUGGUGGACCUUCGUCACGUCGCAGUCUACGGCAGUGUCUACGCCAUUGCUGAUGCUGCCUUUUGUAUGGGCUUUGCAAUUGUACUUAUGGACUCACAAUUAUUCUGUGCAUUCUCAUUUACACUUGCCGUACUUGUACUUGUUACGGCUGUGAUCAUGCCUGAUCUAGCCGACCUCAAUGAGGACACGAACGGUACCUCUCCAUGUGUGGCGAUUGGUGGCAGCGGAUCUGGAGAGCUCUACCCUCCCCUGAAAAAGGUGAGUGCCGUGAGGCCGCUUGGCAGUGGAUUGGAGUACGAUCCAACCGAAGGUGGCCUUAAACCCUACGGUUACGAAGACUGA